UGGAGCUGGGAAGAGUACACUUCUGAAGCUGAUGACGGGGGAAUUAUUUCCUCUAGAUGGCAUGGUCUGACGACACAAUCACCUUAGAAUUGCUCAGUUCCAUCAGCACUUGACUGAGAAGCUUGACAUGCAGAUGCCGGCCUUGCAUUAUAUGAUCAAAGAGUAUCCUGGAAAUGAGGAGGAAAAGAUGAGGGGUUCAAUUGGAAAGUUUGGCCUAACAGGUAAGGUUAUGGCUAUGAAGAAUCUGUCAGAUGGCCAACGGAUCCGUGUUAUCUUUGCUUGGUUGGCUUUUAGGCAACCCCAUAUGCUUCUCCUUGAUGAGCCAACUUCACUUGCCAUUGCCAGAAAGCUUUCUUCUUUUCCGGUUAGGGCUUUCUUUUCAAGCUCAUUAACUCCCACCACACCAUACUUCAUCAAUUCAUUCACUCCUUCAUCUGGGCUUUCUCUUCCUUCUUCAUCCUACAACCCUCUUAAGCUCCCUCUCUUCUGGCCAUGGCAGAAGGUGAAAGUGGGGCCACUAAGUGUGUCUCCAAUAGGAUUUGGUACAUGGGCUUGGGGAAACCAGCUUCUUUGGGGUUAUCAGGAAGCCAUGGAUGAUGAACUUCAGAGGACUUUUAAUCUUGCUGUGGACAAUGGAAUGAACCUCUUUGAUAUUGCUGAUUCUUAUGGGACUGGAAGAUUGAAUGGUCAAAGUGAAAAAUUACUUGGAAAGUUCAUCAGGGAAUUUCAAGAAAAUGGUUUCAAUGUAAUGAAACAUGGGGUCUUUCUGUUGUGGCAGAAAAUGAAAGUUGAUGUUUAUGCAAUAAGAGAUUGGAGAAAAACAUACAUUUGUUAUAUAAUGUGGUCAACUUUCAUUUAAUCCAAGUUCUUGGGCAACUUCAUAUGCCGGGGGAAAAGGGCUUCCGGAUGACAUUGUGAUAGCCAACAAGUUUGCUGCAUAUCCAUGGCGACUGACACCAGGGCAGUUUGUAAAUGCUUGCAGGUAAUAACCCCUUUUUCAGGCUUAUCUGUUGUCGAAUUCGUCUAGAGACAGCUUUGAAAAUCUUCCCUGUGUAUGAUAUAAUUUUGAUAUAGCAUGGUUUUUCAGGGGCUCACUAGAACGUAUUCAAGUUGAGAAAAUUGGAAUAGGGCAGCUCCACUGGUCAAAUGCAAAUUAUGCUCCUUUGCAGGAGAUGGCCCUUUGGGAUGGUUUAGUGGCAAUGUACGAAAAGGUUAUAUGAUAAUUUAUGCAUAGAUUUAUAAAUGGUAGAAAUACUUUGAAUUCCCAUUGUUUGCUAACAUGUUUUCUUCUUCUUCCCAUAAAAUAUUUUUGCUUUAAUUUUAUGUUAGCAUUGUGAUUUCAAUAAUGAGUACUUGAUUACUUGUUUCUAAAUCACAUUUUUGAGUUUUCUGACUCAAUGUUUUACUGAAAAACACUUGUUGUUGUAAGACCAUGGAUUACACCA